UCUCACUAGCCUUCAAUAAAAAUUCUUCUUUUCACACCAUCGUCUACACUUGUCAAGUUUUUGAUUUUUGCAUCUUUAUAUCUCUAGCCAACCCUUCUCUAAUUCCACACGCUAAUUCUAAUCAGCAGGAUCAUUCCAAUAUGGGCAACAGAAUUGUUAUGGGAAAUUCCCUUCUCUUUAUCUCUUUCUUCAUCUUCAGCUUUAGUUUCUUGGAGGCUCAAAAGGCUCCAGCAGUUUAUGUGUUUGGAGACUCACUUGUUGAUGUUGGCAACAACAAUUACUUGAGUCUCUCCAUUGAAAAGGCAAUUCUUCCUCACUAUGGCAUUGAUUUUCCAACUAAGAAACCCACUGGGAGAUUUAGCAAUGGCAAGAAUGCUGCAGAUUUAAUUGCUGAAAAAUUGGGCCUACCUACUUCUCCACCUUAUCUCUCCCUAGUAUCUAAGGUCCACAACAACAACAAGAACGUAUCUUUCUUGGGUGGUGUUAAUUUUGCCUCCGGAGGUGCUGGAAUAUUUAAUGCCUCAGAUAAAGGAUUUAGGCAAUCAAUACCUUUGCCAAAGCAAGUGGACUACUACUCACAAGUGCAUGAACAACUGAUACAACAAAUAGGAGCAUCUACUCUCGGGAAACACCUCUCAAAGUCCAUCUUCAUUGUGGUGAUUGGUGGCAAUGAUAUCUUUGGUUACUUUGACUCAAAGGAUCUUCAAAAGAAAAACACCCCUCAGCAGUACGUGGAUUCCAUGGCUUCCACAUUAAAAGUGCAACUACAGAGAUUAUACAACAAUGGUGCAAAGAAAUUUGAGAUUGCUGGUGUUGGUGCAAUUGGGUGCUGCCCUGCAUACAGGGUCAAGAACAAAACAGAAUGUGUUUCUGAAGCCAAUGACUUGUCGGUUAAAUAUAAUGAAGCUCUUCAAUCCAUGUUAAAGGAAUGGCAAUUGGAGAACAAAGACAUAAGUUACUCUUACUUUGAUACUUAUGCUGCCAUCCAAGACCUUGUUCACAAUCCAGCUUCUUACGGAUUUGCUAAUGUGAAAGCUGCAUGUUGUGGACUUGGUGAGUUGAAUGCCCAAAUUCCAUGCCUGCCAAUUUCGAGCAUUUGUUCCAAUAGAAAAGACCAUAUUUUCUGGGAUGCAUUCCAUCCUACAGAGGCAGCUGCUCGCAUCUUUGUGGAUGAAAUUUUUAAUGGACCUUCAAAAUACAUAUCUCCUAUUAAUAUGGAACAGUUACUGGCCAUCUGAAUUGGCAAAUAAAUUAGUCACUUAGUCCUUUGUAAUGUGCUUUCCUUUUUUGUGGGGUUACUUGUUAUCAAGCAACACACUGGAACCCAAAAAUGAAAAGAAAAAAAAACAUCUUAUUAGAUUAAACAUUUGGAUUAAUCUAAUUGUACGAAAGAGUGAGUUUAUGAACUUUUAGCUCAAGUGAUUUAUUUUAUAUUUACUAAAAAUGUCUUGACGUACGCUUUAAA